UCUCGCAUCGCUGCCCCCGGCUGUCGCCUGCCCCGUGCCGGCUAUCGCCGUAGAAUUAGCUUUCAGCUGUGGAGCGCAGCAGAGAUUGAGCUGUACCUGGUAGCCUCGCCCGCCGCGUCUUUUCCCCGCGUAGCAGCACCGCGGCGAGCAAGCAAUGGAGGCGGGGGGCGUGGGCCUGGCGCUGCAGUCGCGAGCGGCGGGAUUCGGGUCGGGCCAGCGCCGGAGCGCGCUAUGGGGCGGCGAGAGCCGCUCGCGGAUCGGGAGCUUGAGGGUCGCUGACCCGGCGGGAGCGGCGGCAACCGCCGCCGUGCGGGCUCUCGGGUCCAAGCCCGUCGCCCCGCUGCGCGCGAGGAAAUCGUCCGGAGGUCAUGAAAAUUCGCAUAACUCCGUUGACGAAGCCAUGUUGUUAAAGAGAAAAUCAGAAGAGCUUCUGUUCUACUUGAACGGGAGGUGUAUUUACUUAGUAGGAAUGAUGGGUUCUGGAAAAAGUACUGUGGGGAAGAUUAUGUCUGAAGUCUUGGGUUAUUCCUUCUUUGAUAGUGACAAAUUGGUGGAACAAGCUGUGGGAAUGCCUUCAGUUGCUCAAAUAUUCGAGGUUCAUAGUGAAGCCUUCUUCCGGGAUAACGAGAGUAGUGUCUUGAGGGAUUUGUCCUCAAUGCGGCGAUUAGUUGUUGCCACUGGAGGCGGUGCUGUUAUCCGGCCAGUUAACUGGAAAUAUAUGAAGAAGGGCUUAUCUGUUUGGUUAGACGUGCCCUUGGAGGCUCUUGCUAGGCGUAUUGCUAAAGUGGGAACCGCCUCUCGUCCUCUUCUGGAUCAACCAUCUGGUGAUCCAUACACAAUGGCUUUUUCUAAGCUCAGCAUGCUUGCGGAGCAAAGGGGUGAUGCUUAUGCAAAUGCAGAUGUCAGGGUUUCUCUAGAAGAGAUCGCAUCUAAACAGGGUCACGAUGACGUCUCUAAGCUGACACCAACUGCUAUUGCUAUUGAGUCACUUCGUAAGAUCGAGAGCUUUGCCGUCGAACAUACUGUUGACAAUCCAGGUGGUGACUCGCAAGUUGAGUCACAGAUUCAAAGGAUAAAGACGGUGUAGAAUUUUGGUCCUUUUUGUUGUACCCUUAGUUUACCCGCUUAGCGCUGUUGAGCUAUUUAUUCAUUGAAGUUAUAAGAGAAAAAAACUGAAGUGUCUUUUCCUUGCAAGUUGUAAAGAAAUGGAAUAAGGGAGCUAACCUGAAGUGUCCCGUUGGCUGAAA